UCCUUCCCCCGGCUCCCUGUGCUCCCAACCGCCCGCUCCCGCUGCUAGGCAGCGGCGGGAUGGCGAGUCGCGUAGCGGAGACGGUGACGAGAGCAGCAGGUCCGCCAUUGGGCGAAGAGGCCUAAGGGACCGGCCCGCUUGGUUGACAAGGAGCGACCGAGGCGAGUGGCCCCGAGAGAGCGAGGGCGAUGGAGGCCACCAUACCGAAGCGGAAGGAGACCUGCAAGUCGCUGCGCAUCAAAGUUAUCUCCAUGGGCAACGCCGAAGUGGGAAAAAGCUGUAUCAUAAAACGAUACUGUGAGAAAAGAUUUGUAUCUAAAUACCUUGCGACAAUUGGAAUUGACUAUGGAGUCACAAAGGUACAAGUGAGAGACAGAGAAAUCAAAGUGAACAUCUUUGAUAUGGCUGGACAUCCCUUCUUCUAUGAGGUUCGUAAUGAAUUUUACAAGGACACACAGGGUGUGAUACUGGUUUAUGAUGUUGGACAGAAAGACUCCUUUGAUGCCCUUGAUUCAUGGUUGGCAGAAAUGAAGCAAGAGCUUGGACCUCAUGGAAACAUGGAAAAUAUUAUAUUUGUAGUGUGUGCCAACAAGAUUGACUGUACCAAGCAUCGCUGUGUAGAUGAAAGUGAAGGGCGUCUUUGGGCUGAAAGCAAAGGGUUCCUGUACUUUGAAACUUCAGCACAAACUGGAGAGGGAAUCAAUGAGAUGUUCCAGACCUUUUAUGUGUCCAUAGUUGAUUUAUGUGAAAAUGGCGGGAAACGUCCUGUCACGAAUAACAGUACUAGUUUCACCAAAGAACAAGCAGACACCAUUCGCAGAAUUCGAAAUAGUAAGGAUAGCUGGGACAUGCUGGGAGUCAAGCCUGGGGCCUCAAGGGAUGAAGUCAAUAAAGCGUAUCGGAAACUUGCUGUGCUUCUUCACCCCGACAAAUGCAUAGCGCCCGGGAGCGAGGAUGCCUUCAAAGCAGUUGUGAACGCACGGACAGCGCUCCUGAAAAGCAUCAAGUAGACAGGAGAGCGAAGGACCAGUGUGGAACUCGAAUUCAGACACAUCUCCCUGGGGGGAGAUAACCAACGUGGUGUUGCCUCUGUAAUAGCUCACUGCUUUUCCCACUCGUGUUCAUUGCCAUUUGCAAACCAGCAGUCCAGGUGCUCAGCACCAGUUCGUAGACACUUGCAGAGAGAGAACCUGCAUUUGUACAAAGGGAAGAGAGCCAGGCGUCACCUGAGCAGACUCAUUUCAUGUUUCUAGAUAAUCUAAAAUUUUUUCUCAUUCAUUUGUAAGCUCUUUAAUUGUCGCAUCCCUUAGGCACUUUGCUCUGGAAAGUCCAAGAAGUUUCUGGGGGGAGGAAGGAGGAUCCUUUCCCCUUUUGGGGUCUGGGGGUCUGGUGGGAGCGGGGUUUAUCGUCAUAAAGGGAGACCACAAAAACAGAAGCAGGCAAUAUCAAAACCCCUGAAAGCUCAGUGUGACCUCGCAAGCAAGUUUCCUCUUUUACAGUGAGCUCCUUAGGUGGUCCUUUAACCAUCAGUCUAUAAUGAAUGAGCUUCCCUUUGAAAGUUUGUGAAACUAAGUGCUCCAGUUCUGAAUUAAGCAGCCUUUGAUGACCAUUCACUCUUUUCUCCUUUUCCAGCCACCAGGGGGAGAGACGAGCCAGUUUUAAGAGAGAAAAGGCAGUGGCAGCUACAAGUCCUGGGCACUCUGGCUGCUGUUAGUCCUGCCCCUGGACAUGAGGCCUUUCCCUCGCCAUGGCAGUGGGUGCUGGUAGCAGGAGAGUGCUCUGGACACCCAGGAAGGGGAACUAGACCCCAAGACAGAAGUGCCUGCAGGUCCCACCCCGAGGUCAUGCACACGUCCCCAGGGAAAAGGCCACUCACCUCAGCUCGGGGCGAUUUGCUGCUGCUCUAGCAGAGUCCUUUGUGAGGCUCAUCCUUUCUCUGGUUUCCACAGGCAGGAAAGGCAGGGGUGUUCCUCAACAAACCCAGCCUCUUUUAUUGCUUCCUUGUGAAUGUUGGUUCUCUUUCUUUUCUCUUCUUCCCUGCCCCUUUUGUUUUUUUAAUCCCCACAUCUGCUGUCAUUUUCUCUCUUCUUGCAUCCCUGGCUUCCAACCUGCGCCUUUGCGAGCCUUGAACUGGGCCUGGUUAACCAGACAGAAGCAUGGAUCCUUCGGGGGUGGUGGAGAGAGAACCUUCAGGCAUGGGGGGAGGAAUCUCUGUGUUUUGCUUGAGCUCCGAAUUUCUGAAUAAUAGUUUUAAACUACAGACUAUGAAAACUGAUUUCACAUGGAAAAAUACAUUUCCUUGCCAUAGUCUCAUCCUAGAGUCAGUCUCACUACUUGGCUCAUUACAUCGUCUGUCUUAUUGCUGCAUUAACUGGGGCUUUAGAGUGUGGGAAACAUCACUGUGCCAUGAGUUUUAAACAGCCAUCCCAUGCUGAGCGCCAAAUAGCAUGUACCUUAACACUUGAGAAGAAAAGCCGCUUUCUAUAAAUUGAAAUCUGGUAGAUGACUCCUUGGGGGAUUUUCCUCUAGCCUUUUAACUAGCUUCUGGGGCUGCAAAACUCUAACCCCUAUGUUACAGAGUUCUUCAGGAGCUAAGUUUUGUUUUAGCCCCACAUUGUGCCUCAAAUUAUCGCACACAGAUCUGACUCUUACCACAGAAUUUAGGAGUCAUAGGAAUUAGGGGAUCAUGCUUGGUGGUGUCAGCCCAGAUCAGCUCAACGGCUCAGGGAGCCAGUUGUCAUCGCUGUCACUAAACGACCAGCUUGGUCUCUUCAUCCUUAGCUACAUGUGCAGAAAAGCAAUUUCAGCAGAAAGAGUUCUCCAGUGCUUCCAGUCAAAUCCCUACAUAAGGAGGAUGCGACAUGUAAUUUACCCUGAUUUUGAUUCUUAGGUCUUGAGAUUCAGUUUCCAGCACCUUCAUUAUUGAAGCUAAGGAUGGCCACAUCUUACUUUACUUAUGCAGAGGAAAGAAAAUAAGGAAGUUACGCUUCAGGGUCCUAGAAUUUUUCUGAUGAUCCUUGAGGAGAAUGUUAAGUGGUAUCAAAGCAUGAUUUGCCAUGAGAAAGAUUUUUUGGUACUAACUUUAUACAAAGUUGUGCAGACUUCUAUUCAUUAAUUUAAAUUAUUGAUGCAAAUAUGCACCCUGUAAUUCAACCUUAUUAAAAUUCUUCAGCCAGUUGGGGUUUCAAAGUACAUCAGUGAGAGAAACAACUAGCAGAAUAAUCUCAAUAGCCAAAAAAAUGUUUUAGAGAAUAUUGUUUUUCAAAAAAAAUUCAAAGUUUAAACAGCUAUUAAGAGCCAUUUCCUCCACUUCUGAGUCACUAAGAAGUAAUGCUUUUUAAACUUGUUAGAAAUCCCUGGAGGCAUUUCAAGUUAAUCAUCCAGCCUACCUAAGCACUUUCACUCGCACCCUCCUUUUGCUCCUCUGUUCUCCCUUUCAUGCCUCCUUUUGAAUUUAUAUUCUCAUUGCAAUUUAGCUGUCAUUAUUUCUUUUACUUCAGCAUCAUUUCAUUUCUUUACCUAAACGUGUCCUUGGUUUUGUGAACCUGUUAAUUGGAAAGUCCUGACUUGGGGGGGUUGUUGUGCUGCUACCCAAGAUAAAUUGCUAUAGUUCUAGAAAUUGCACACCAGUCUUUCAGGCUUGCAUUGACCUCAGGAAAUUAGUAUGUUCUCACAUUUUGAAUUCUCAACUGGUAAAUGUUUGUUUAUUUCUUAAACUGGUACCUAACUCACUGUUAGGUAAAUGAGCCGUAGCUGAGACAGCUAAAUUUCUGAAAGAAAGCUAGAGUGGUAAGCAGCCCCUGUAAGCUAUGAAUGGGUGUUGAAGUAGCUGUUCCUCAUAGAGCAAUAACAAAAGCAAGAGGGGGAGGGGGCGAUUUCGGUCUCAGUUGAAAGGAUGGAGUGGCUAAGCCCUGCUCAGGUUGUCUUUGACGCUGCCUUCUUACAGGCACUUCCAGUAGGUGCCGGAAUGUCAUUUCUUUCCCUGCUGCACGCCAUCUAGUUCACUGUGAGUCUGCCAACGUUUUUGUAAAACUUUUGCAAAUGAAUUUAGCUGCAGUGUACAGCUAAGAGCACCUUCCGUUGCAAGGUUGCAAGGUGAAGAGAGGUUCAUGCGUCUCACAAUUGCUAUUUAGCACAAUUGUAAAACUCAGUUAAUACUGUUGGUACAUAGGCUUUUUCCACUAAAGAUUCUAGAGAAGGGAAAAAGCUUACACUUGUGAUGUGAAUAAGUUAGAUUGCACCUAAGAAGCAGUGAGUGCAAUGCCAUGCAGUAAAGGCCCUCUUGGUGAGAUGACUUUUGUUGGAAAGCUGGAUGGUGUGGGUAAGUUUCCUGCAUUGACUGCGUCCCAGGCUUUCUUCCCCUCUGUGAAUGCAGAGCACACAAAGAAACCCUCUGCUCUUAGAAGGUCAUGUACGUAUUUGCUUUCUCUUGACAUAACUGAAAAAGUUAAAUCUGCCAAUUAUUUAUGUCUUGUAUAGAGAGUGUCAUAUGUAUUUAAGUUGUGUAUUUUUGUAAAGUAAAGCCAAAUCUCAAACACUGGUCUGCGGGCUGUGUUUAUCUGUUGAGACACUGGUCGUUAAUGUAGAACAUACUGCAUUAAAGACUGAACCAGUCCAGUUCCUCACCAGCUGUGACCUUAGAUAAGACAGUUUCCUUUAAUUUUCCAUUUGUAAAAUGGAGGAAGUUUUAUUCAUCAGUCUAUUUUUAUUAUUUUAUUAUUUUUAUUCAUCAGGCAUUCUAAUCAUAUUAAGUGGUGAUGAAAGUGUUUUGACCUCAUCUAAAGAAAGAUUCUGACAUUAUUUUUGCCUUUUCAAUUCAUAUGAAACUGCUGUUAACUCAUUUUAAUGGUGCAGAUUUGGGCUAACAGUUCAGUUAACUCGUCCCUGGGCCACAAAAAUUCUUAAGUAGCAGGACUCUAGUGACCCCAGUAGAAAAAGGAAAGCCUUGUAGGGCCAGAUCUCAGAAGGCAGUCUAUCUUGAAGGCUGCAAGCAAGAGGGACAAAUUUAAUUCUCAUUAUGAACAACAUUUGUUGGUGUGGCAGACAUUGAUUAUCUGUCAUGAAGGUGAAGUUCAUGUUCAACUUUGCCAGGUUAUGUUGUCAGUUUGGCCAAGCAAGGACUGGGCUGAUAGUUACCAUGAGGGUAUUUCAUGGAUUUAAGUCAUUAGUCAGUUGAUUGCAUAUGGCUGAUUACAUCUACAAUCAACAAAAGAGAUCGCGUCAACACUGAGAGAAGUCUUGUCAACAAGUUGAAGACCCUAAAGAGAGAGCUGAUGACUUCAGCAGUCAGAAAGAAUUUCUGUCUCCAUUUCAGCCAGCCACCUUCUCCUGGGGAAUUCAUCGAAACCUUCAUUGGAAUUUCCAACUUGCGACCUGCCCUAUGGAUUUUGGACUUGCCAAUCCCGUGGUUGCAUGGGCUAAUUCCUGUAAUUUCAUAAUAUUCUCUUUCUCUCUCUGUCUCUUUCUGUCUCUCUCUCUCUCUCUCUCUCUCUCACACACACACACACACACACACACACACACACACACACACACUGUUGGUUCUGUUUCCCUGGAGAACCCUAAUACAUCUGCCCAGCUCCCCUCUCUCUGGAAAACAGCCCCCCUCUUUUGGGGACGUGAUCUCUCCUCUCCAUCCUGCUAACUUGUUCUACAUUGGAACUGUUGAAUUCUUACAUGGUAUUCCCUCCCUGGCCCCAAAGCUUGGUCCACGGGAUGGGAAUGUGACCGGUGCUGACCCACUCGGCAGCCCUCCCUGGAGUCUUUCUAAUUGGAGCUAGGAAAACAAACUUCCUCUCAGGAGGGGAGCUGGGAGGACAUGAGUCCUGCUGAUGCUGGCAACCUCGGUUACCACCUUACGAAGAAACUGAGGACACCCGGUGCCGGUGGCUUGAGGACAUUUCUUCUCAUCCCUGAGUUUCUUCCUGCUCGGAGCCAGAAUCCUUCCAAUAAUCUCCACCCCCUUGUUGUCUGCUUAAGUUAGUUGGAGUUUGAUUUCUUUUUCUUGCAACUAAAAGAAUAACCUGUGGCCUGUAGAAUGGUACAAUAUUUGAUAAGUAUAUCAAAACAUUUUUAUAUAUUAAAAUAUAUCUAGUUACUUGGUGUUUUUCAAGAACUGGAGUCUUUGAAUAUCUUAGCCUGUGUUUUAAACCACCAUAAACCAGUUGUGAACUAAAAAUGAAAAGUCAGGCUUAUUCAGUUUGUUUCAGGGUCUAUAAUUUUGUCUAGCUUUUUAGUUUCUGUUUGAUCCAUUGCUUUCCAGGGACACCUCUAGUUUCUUAAAUUUCUGAUCAAACUUUAUUGUUAAAAUGUCCACUGAGCAACUAUUUACUGAGCAUCUGCUAUGUUCUGAGCCCUGUUCUAAGCACUGGAGAUGGAGCACAGAACAAACAAAAAAUCCCUGCCCUACGUAGCUUAUAUUCUAUGUCAUAUUUUUUCUUAUUUGUAAAGUUUAGAAGAAAUGUGGGUUUUUCCCCCAUAAGUUUAUUUGUGAAUAGUUCCAGUCAUCAGAUGUAAGUCUGCAUUUUUUGAGAACGUGUAGAUGUGCAGUUUAGCAAUUAAUAUCGUUACUACAUGCUGAAGAACAUGUAAGUUGUUAAAAGUGCUGUUUUAAUUAUCUUUGAGAACUCAAUCAUCAUAAAUAUGCAAACCUCAGUUUUUCAUGUUGACCUGGAAGAUGUAGUUCUAGUCUUUAGGGGUUUCUUUUUAUAGUAUUUUUCAUAUUUAUAAUUAAAAUAUUAAUAUAUUCUUCCAGAGCAAUUGAUAAAGUUAUAGUCCUUUUGAGGGAAAAAAACCUAGAAUCUAAGUUUAUUGUUUUAGUUAAAUAAACAGUCUGUGUCUAUGAUAUCACCCAGUUCAAGUUCUGACCAGUUGACUGUUCUAAAGGAUGCUGACUUGAAGAAAAUUACUUUUCCCUGAAUCCAAAACAAUGAGAUGUUAGUGAUAAUAAUAAAAUAAACAGAUGCAGCCUUGAACGCAUUUGUACCAGGGAAGAGAAUGAGUCUGCUUCAAAGGGAAAGUCUCCUACGAGGGAGGGAAAUGGUGCGAGGUGCCACGUGCCUCAGAGGUUAGGAUGUGAACAUUCUGCAGGUUCCAGAACAUGAGCGAGAAUGAAAAGGUUAAUGCAGUACAUACUGUAGGGAGAAGAAAGCAUCUUGAUAGUUUGAAGGGAGAAUACAAGAGGGAGAAGAAAGCAUCUUUGUUGUAUCUGACAGGGAGCAAAUAGAAAAGCCUCCCAUCCCCAAACAGUGGUCGUCACGUGUAUUUUACGACAGAACCCACGUUUUGGGUGAACUCAAACAUGGGAUCCCUAUAUGUAAAAUAGUUUAAAGCAACAUUUUAUUAGGAUAAAUUUAGAAGUUCAUUUUUAUAGCAUUAACCCUUUUAAAGAAAGAAAGAUACUACUAUUCAAAACAAAUAAAAGUAAUCUGUUAGCAGUUCUG